UUCAUAAAAAGAUGAUGCGUAGUUUGAAAAUGUCGACGAGGAACCAAGGAUGAAAAAAGUGACAUGCGAAAAUGACAAGUAAUUGCGAAAACAAGAGACACGAUCCAGAUACCCAUGAAGCCACGAAAUCAGGGAAGAAAAGGAAGAAGACGGGGUCUUCGAAUUUGGUUCCUGCGGACCUAAAUUCUUGCUACGAAGAGAAGAGUUUCAAAGACAACUUGGGUGCUGCGUUCAGGGGUCGGGCUGCUUUCGAGCACGAAAGUGGAGCUAAACUACACAAUGACCCCUUCAGUUGCUGUGUACUUCCCAACUUUGUGAAGGACACAAAUUUUUUACAGGGUCUUAAAGACGAUCUUCUCGGGUUGCCCUUCAAAGAAAAGUCCAAUGAUCUCUACAAAUUUCAGCAGUCUGGUGCACUGCAAAAUUAUUCAUCCCCUCACAUCAUUGGAUUAAGAAAAUUUUUGUAUGAAGAUUUCUUGUGUUGGCUGAGGGAAGUUACGGGUAUAACACUGAACGACACAGUGGAUAUGACUUGUUCAAAGUACAACUACACAGAUGCCCUUCUCUGCCACGACGAUGAACUUGGUGGCAGACGAAUCGCUUUUAUCUUCUAUCUCCUACCCAGCUGGACAGAGCAAGAUGGCGGAUCGCUGGACCUCUUCAAUGUUGACGAGCAUGGUCAGCCGAGCCAGGUUGUAAAGUCUCUUUUUCCCAAAUGGAAUAACUUUGUGUUCUUCGAAGUAAACCCGGUGUCGUUUCAUCAGGUAGCAGAGGUGCUGUGUGAGGACAAGUGUCGUCUGUCGGUCAGUGGCUGGUUCCAUGGCUCACAAAUUGACAGACCAACGCCGUACAUCGAACCUAAACCUGAACUUCAUCCGCACAUUACAAUCGAGGAUGACGAAAUCUACCACUGGGUCAAUCCAUUGUAUUUGGAUGUUCUCAACCAAUCAGAAAUCCAGGAUAGAUUCACCAAUGAUUCGGAGAUCGAAUUGGAGAACUUUCUUUCGGAGGCAAAGUAUGAGAUGAUAUGUGAGGCUCUAGAAAGCUCCGACAUUAGUUGGGAAAGGAGAGGGCCAGCUAAUAAAAGAAAUUAUGAGAGGGCUGACAGAUCAACAUUACCCGAGGUAGUGCAACAGUGCCUGAAGGUUCUGCAAUCUGAACACAUGUUUCUAACAAUGUCUAACUUUACUGGGCUGAAGUUACACGAGAGUGCGCCGGACAAUGACAGUGAUGAUGAUGAUGAUAAAGAGGAGGAGAGGGAGGGGGAAGAGGAGGCGGAGGCGGGGAAGGAGGGGAGUGAUAAGAAAGAGGAGGAGAAAGAUGAGAAAGCAGAGGAGGAAAGUCAGGAACAAGAAGAAGAUACUGGUAACUCAAAACCCAAGCCUGUGUGUAAUCCAAGAUGUCGAGCUGAGGUGAGACGCUGGUCACAUGGUUGCUACACACUGAUGCACGACACGGACACAGAAGGGUCCGAGUUUGCUCUGGAUGCUGUCAUACAGUUCAACUGCCCUAUAGGCUGGCAAAUGGAUCAUGGUGGAUACAUCACAUACAUUGCUAAGGCAGAGGAUGAUGAGCUUCUCAGCAUAUGCCCCGAGAGCAACGCCCUGUCACUGGUGUACCGCGACAAGGAGACGCUGAGAUUUGUUAAGCAUGUCAACCAUAGAUUCAUCCAGAUGGACACCGGUGAAAAGGAUUCAGUUGUCUACAUGUAUGACAUAAGGCUGGUCUACUACGAGUAGCAACAUCUUCUGCGAGAUAAAUUGUUUUGUUUUUUCGGGUUGCAAGAGGGCGGCAAAGAUGACCGGCUGACCUCUGCAAUUUUCUGGGCUGGAAGAGUGUCACAAAUCAUGGCCCUGUAGGAAUGUUCUACGCACGUAAAAGAGCCCAGUGCACUAAACGAAAAGAGAAGGGGUUCGCCUCAGUUUUCCUGGUCUGAUUUGCAGCAUAUUGCGCCACAGAACCUUGUCAACCAUUACAUGGUGCGGUAAAGUAAUAUGUCUCAUAAUUCAAACGUAGUCCCACAUACCUUGCAGGAAUUACUAGGGAGAUGUAGCUGUAUGUUGCGCAAGCAAAUACGUGAACAUGAACGUCAGAAAAUUGUGUUGUUAGAAUCUCACGCUUUAAGCAUACGUGAAGUUACCAUUUUUCACUUCAGGUACGUACGUGCAGACCAUAUGUGAGCAUAGACGUCAUAUGUGAGCAUGAAAUAAACCCAAAGUGGUGACGUCACCUAGAAACCUCCCUACUGUAUGUUACAGCACUAGGUGCAUCACUGAGUGAUGGAUAUAUACGCUAUACAAGAAGCCACUAUUAUUAUUAUUAAGAGAGUCUCUCAAAUGUCCGAACGGUAGGAAUGUUCUAAUUGGAUUGGAUGAGUAUUUUAGUGCGUGCUUGUGGGGCGUUCCGUAAAUGUACCUCGCUCUGUAAAAAAAAAAAUGCUGUUCAAAUGCUGACUUUGAGUCUACGGGUAUUCAGUAUUAUUCAAUUUUGUUAUAAUUUCUGUUUAUGCACGUCGCCAGACACACAAGGCCUGAAGGCCACUUCAAGGUGUGGGCUACAAUUAUUGUUUUCCAAAGGCCUUUGCCACCUGCUCCUAGGGCUGAAACAGGGUUGCCCCUUUUACAGUCCAUACGUGUGUAGGCUUUGGUACCAUUAGUCCGAAGCCUGGCUGGUAGAGCAGAAAGCACUACCUCCCCAAUUUGACGUAGCAAGUGUCACGACCGGGAUUCGAACCCACACUCUGCUGGUCAAAUACCAGAGCUUGAAUCCGGUGCUCUAAACACUCGGACAUGACACGCCACAAUUGUGUUGAGUAAUACCUUUAGACAAAUGAGAUGUUGUCUUUAGUGCUCGGUCAAAUAAACAGUUUACAUAUAAACGCGUUAACACAAGUUGUAUACUCCACAGGGAGCUCAGAUGGUUUAAGGAAUGAAUUAAGGCCCAGUGACCAGGGGUAAUAAUGUUGGAAGUGCUUUGAGACGCCCUUCAGGUGAAUAAAGCACUUUAAAAAAACUAUUUUUGUGAGUAACUGUGUAGAAAAGUCUUUCUCAUUUGUUUCAGGUUUUGUAAAAGAAAUUUUGGUCCAGUAAAUAUUUUCAAGCUACAAGACCUGCAGUCUUAGAACUUUUUUCCUCCUAAAUUUGAGCCCUUGGAAGACCAGCAUGAUGGAAGUUAAGCCUGCGCCAGGCCUGGAAUUUCAUCUACGAGAGGGCAAGGCCAUUUUCGUUUUGCAAAGGGCACUUCCACUGGGAAAUCUUAAAGUCUACAGGAAAGUUUCGAAGGGGCACCAAGGCCAAAACAAAGGCAACAUUCCAGGCCUGCUGCACCUGAUGUCGAUCUUAAACUUAAAAUUUUAAAGGCACUGGACACUAUUGGUAAUUAUUGAAAAUAAUUGUUAGCAUAAAAACUGACUUGGUAACAAGCA